UUUUGGCAACAUUGUUAUAAAUGUCCGACAUCGGCAUUUCACUUACGUGUUAUGUUUAUUUUUUAACAGCCGUUUGCAAUAUUAUAAUAGUGGUAAAAUGAAAUUCUUGUACAUUCUAUUUACUUUGUGGACUAUAGUGACUUGUGAUGAACAUACACAUAUGUACAAAGAUAGAGAGCAAGUGGUAUUAUGGAUGAAUACCGUGGGCCCAUAUCACAAUCGCCAAGAAACGUAUGCAUAUUUUUCGCUACCGUUUUGCGUUGGCACUAAAGUCACGAUCGGGCAUUACCAUGAAACGCUCUCGGAAGCGCUUCAAGGAGUCGAAUUGGAGUUCAGUGGCCUUGACAUCACGUUUAAGGAUCAAGUUCCAGCGCAGCAGUUCUGUGCCAUAGAACUGACCGAGCAAUCCUAUAAGGCACUCGUGUAUGCUGUGAAGAACCACUACUGGUACCAGAUGUACAUUGAUGACCUGCCCAUAUGGGGCAUCGUUGGCGAAAUUGACGGCGACGAUUACUAUAUCUGGACUCACAAAAAGUUUGAUAUUGGAUACAAUGGAAACCGCAUCGUAGAGGUAAACCUUACAGCAGAGAACAAGAAACGACUUACUCCAGAUGCGAAGAUUCCUUUCACCUAUGAAGUGAACUGGAAAGAGAGCAAAAUAAAGUUUGAAGACAGAUUUGACAAAUAUCUGGAUCCCAACUUUUUUCAACACAGAAUUCAUUGGUUCAGUAUUUUCAACAGUUUUAUGAUGGUCAUUUUCUUAGUGGGUCUAGUUUCAAUGAUCCUAAUGAGAACCCUUCGUAAGGAUUAUGCUAGGUAUUCUAAGGAUGAUGAUCUUGAUGAUUUGGAAAAAGACUUAGGGGAUGAAUAUGGAUGGAAACAAGUACAUGGAGAUGUCUUUAGACCUGUACCACACCUAGCAAUGUUCUCAGCACUUGUAGGAGCUGGUCAUCAGCUCACAGUGGUGGUGUUGGCUGUCAUCAUUUUUACCAUCUUUGGUGAACUUUACACCGAGAGAGGUUCUUUGCUUUCCACAGCAAUUUUCAUUUAUGCUGCUACUUCCCCUGUAAAUGGAUAUUUUGGGGGGUCCCUAUAUGCAAGAAUGGGAGGCAAACUGUGGAUAAAGCAAAUGUUGCUCUCUGCGUUCCUUCUGCCUGUCUUAGUGUGUGGAACUGCUUUCUAUAUCAACUUCAUUGCUAUGUAUUACCAUACAUCAAGAGCUAUACCAUUUGGUAGUAUGAUAGCUGUUAUGUCCAUUUGCACUUUUGUAAUUUUGCCCCUGACUUUGGUAGGAACAGUUCUUGGCCGUAACUUAGCUGGCCAACCUGACUAUCCUUGUCGUAUUAAUGCUGUCCCAAGACCAAUUCCUGAAAAGAAAUGGUUUAUGGAGCCAUUUAUUAUCAUCAUAAUGGGUGGAGUGCUGCCAUUUGGCUCUAUAUUUAUUGAAAUGUAUUUCAUCUUCACCUCAUUCUGGGCUUACAAGAUCUACUAUGUGUAUGGUUUCAUGCUGCUAGUGUUCCUGAUCCUGAUGAUUGUGACAAUCUGUGUCACUAUUGUGUGUACUUAUUUCCUGCUGAAUGCAGAGGACUACCGCUGGCAGUGGACCAGUUUCCUAUCAGCUGGCAGCACUGCUCUCUAUGUCUACAUAUAUUCAUUCUACUAUUUCCUCUUUAAAACAAAAAUGUAUGGCCUGUUCCAGACUGUUUUCUAUUUCGGAUACAUGGCCCUGUUUAGUCUUGCACUUGGAAUCAUCUGUGGGACUGUGGGCUACAUAGGUACCAGCAUAUUUGUUAGGAAAAUAUAUUCAACUGUGAAAAUCGAUUGAGGGAUUUAUUGUCACCAAAACACGAAAAUGGCUUAAUUUCAUUCAAAUUACAACAAGAUUAAUAAUUCAGGAGGAUUAUGCUGUUCAUUUAGUUUGGACAGUUUAUUAUAAUAGGUCUAUUGGUGAUGUUUUUUGUACUAAUUGGAUGCAUUCCUGAAUGUUAUCAUGCUGAUAUGGCAUUUAGUAACACAACACCUAGUUUAUUAAGCACUUUAGCACUGGUAUGAAUGUUUGAGAGGGGUUGAAUAUCCAUUUGAAUCUUGGGACUUCAAUCCUAUAAAAGUCCAAUGAGAGUAUGUGAUGUUAUAUUAUGUGUUGAUUGAUGCAUAGGAAGGUUACUUAUCCAAUGCAACUGUAUCGAGAUUGUUUGCUAUAUGUUUACUCUAAUAUUGUUUCAUUUUUUUUUCUAAAACAAGAAUAUGAUGUUUUUUUAAUUUAUUGUCUAUAGUAAUGACAAAUGUAAAUAUAAAUAAAUAUAAACAGUACUGUUUUUUCCAAGCCAUUUAGUAAUUCUCAUGCUUUACAAACAAUAAAUGAUUUCAGUGACAUCCUAGUUAUGUUACGUGUACAUUAGUUACUCCAUGGUUGCACUGUUUACUAUGGUAUUUAGGUAAAAAUAAAUAUAAAAUAAUAAAACUAUGUAUGUAUUUUCUUCUAGACUUUGGUCUUGGAUAGUAAACAUAUUAUUGUAUUAUGUUAGGCUAAACUUAAAAUUCUAGUUUUUGUAAAUAUGUACUAGUGAUAUGAUAACUGGCAUAGCAACAUAAUAUAUUAUGGUCCUGCAAUAAUGCUAUUUAUUUUUACAUGUUCCAUUAAAAUGUUUUACAUAAAAGAGUUCUGUAUGCCAUCCAUUGUAAAUUGAUAUUGUAUUAAAUUUUGUCAUGAGAAAUAAAGGACUAAAUAAUAUUACUCUU